AUGGUCCAAUUUUGUUUGUCGUUGGCAAGAUUAGAGCAACGUCAUGGAUGGAAUAAUGAUAUCUCAUCCAAUCUCAACCCCCAUUGGGGAUACAAGAACACGAGGUCAGUGGUGCACAGCAGCCUCCACCAGAUUCUCCCAAACUAUCCUUCUGCACACAAGCCACGCACUAUCACAUAUAUCGCCAAACACUUCAAAAGUCUCGUCACAAUCUCUAGAAAUUCCCCCAACGAUGCGGAUCUCCAGAUUCUCAGCAUUGUAGAGGGAGGCAAAGAGAUUCAGCCAAUCAAUAUCUACAACGAGGGAAAUACGUGUGAGAAGACCACUACCCGGAGUCUUUUCACCACAUCUCUGCAUCCACAAUCUCUGUUAAUAGGAGACUUCAACUCCCAUCACCCUAGUUGGGGCCAUUUCAACGAACCUAGUUUAGAAGCAGAAGAACUCUACGAAUGGUUCGAAGAUAAUAACUUCGAGCUCGCCAAUGGCCAGGAGUAG